UUAUUUUGAAAAUUUUCAUUGUGAGUUCCUUUAAUAUUUUUUUCGAUUAAAUUAUGAACAGAAUUUUAUAUUUUUCGUGAAACUUAGUAAAAUAUAUCAAGGAAAUAUGUCAUUAAGGCCCAUAUAUAUUUUUAAAUGGAAUUCUAAUAUAAAUUCAAUAUUUGCCAAGUAUGAGCGCCUAAAAACUCUUAGUUUAUUUUGUAAUUCGUCUUGCUCAGACAAUUCGAAAAGUUCAGACCCAGAAAAAAUAGAAACGAGUCCUAGCGUAGGACAAACAUCAAUUUUAGUUCAACAUGGUUCAGACAUUCAAGAAUUACCGGUAGUUCUUCGUAAGAUAAAAACAGACGAGUUCGUAACAAUAUGGUCAGAACCAAAUAACACCGAAAUGAUUGAUGGCAACAACCAAACAUUAAAUAAAGUAAAUCAAAUUGAAGUUAAAUCUGAAGAAGCCAUAAAGCUGUUAAAUAAUUGCGUAACAUCAGCAGGAAUUUUAAGCAUUAUUAAUGAAAUCCCGGAAAGUGCUUUAAAUCCAGAUAUAGCUUCACAUGCUUUUGACAAAUUAAUUAGGAAUGAUACUGUAAUUGGUUUAAGAAACUUGGAAGAAAGUAGUCCUGUUUUUGAAAAAUUAAUUAGGUGUAUUCUUAAAAGUGGGGACCACAAAUUACUUUUGGAUAUAAUGGAAAUGUUAAAAACAUUUCUUGAUUUACAAAAAACUGUACAACGCUUUUGUGAUGAAUUGUUAUUAAGAAAUUCAGAUGGAGCCUUAUCAAUUGUGGAAACUUGUGAAUGUAUUGAUAGAUUUAUUGAUUGUCAGCAGCAUUUCGCUGCUGAAAAAUUCUGGACUGGAAUUUCUGAUGCUGAAAAAUCAAUUAACGAACAAAAUAUAAAAUUUAUUUAUAAAGUUUUACCAAAGUUAAAGAUAAGUAGAAGAUUACUAUUAGGUAUAUUGGAAAAGCGUAUUGGCAACUUUUGGUAUCUUUUAACACCGGAAGCCGUAACAGAAAGUAUUGAAGCUUUAGCUAAAAUGAAUUCAACCUGUACAGCCCUCAGAACUAUGCAAUUUUUCGCAAGAUGGUUAAAUACUAAUAUACAUGUAGUCAAUGGAAAACAUUUGGAAGUAAUCGUGAAAUCAUAUACAAAAUUAGAUUUCUCUAAUUCGGAAAUAGAAAAGGCACUAAGUCGAUAUGUGAAAGCCAAGGGAAUUAAAAUAACAUCAGAAUCUUUGACAAUUGCAAUUUUGGAACAUUGCUUACAUUUUAGGCUUCGAAAUCAUAUUAUAUUAAACGGUUUCUCCGAGGUUUUUAUAUGUAAUUGGAAUCGAUUUUCGCCAGAUGUAUUAAAAACUUUGAUUCAAACUUUUGGUUUCCUACAUUAUCAACCAUUGAAUGGAAUAAAAUUUUGGCAAAUUAUUGAAGAAUAUAUAAAAGAAAAUUUUCAUAAGUUCAAUCCGAUACAUUUGAUUGAAAUAUUUUUAAAUUGCUGCUAUUUGGAAAUGUAUCCAUUGAAUUUCGUUAAAUCAGUUUUUAAUCCACACUUUAUUGAUUCGAUACAUAGCUCAAUUGAUCCUGAAAGGCUUCUAAAAAUUCGAAGUGACCUUAAGUUACUAGAUGUUGCUCUUACGAUAGAAGUUGAAACAUAUUCAGGACCUUUUUUGCCAAAAGAUAAUUUGUCGAAAUCUAUUUGGCAAGAUGGUAGAAUUAAACGUAUUGUAAAUCAAACAAUGGACUACUUUGAAAAAAUUGCUGGUAGCUCUGAUAAUUUAACAAGAGGUGUUAUAAUUGGAAAAUUACCGGUUAAUUCGCUCUAUAUAGUGGAUGUUCUUGUUCAUCCGCCUGGAUUCAAAACUUUUUCUUUCAAUAUAAAAGACGAUUACAAUGUCUUAGUCGCCGUCUUGAUUAUGAUACCAGAAUAUUAUGAUUCAAAAGGAGAAUUUUUAAUUGGUCCGCAACAUAUGCGCAUAAGGCAUUUGAGAAAAAUGGGAAUCAAGGUUGCAACUUUAAACUAUGAUAGAUUAGCCAAACUUAGAAUGCAUCCAGUUCAAUUACAUAAGUACUUGGUAGAAAGAAUGAAAGAGACUUAUUCAGCCUUGCCAACUAAAGAAAUUUAAGUAAUUCUUUAUUAGAUUUCUCUAAAUUUUAUUGUAAAUAAAAAAUGUUUUAUUAUAAAUCAAUCUGAAGUUUACGCUAUUUUUUUAAGUUCGAGUUGUCUUUCUUACAUAAUAGAGUACAAUUAUAGUUAGUGAAGGUAGUAGUUGUUUAUA